AUGCAAUUUCUGCCAAGGGCUGCGCUCUGGCGGCCGCGUGAAUCCGUUGCCCGUUGCCCGUCGCCCUUCCGCCGCCCGGUGCCCGCGCACGUGCUUCUGGUGGGUGGCGCCGCCUCGCCAGGUGAAGUGAUUCGCGCGUGCUCGGAUACCUCUCCAUCGGCGGAAGAAUUUAGUUUCCAAAAGUGCUUCUUCGAAAAAAUAACACAAGAAGUCACCGGAGUCCGUGCCUUGGAGUCGUUUUUCCAGUGGAAAGGAUUUGUGAACUUCACGCUUCUGCUAAAAGCAUUGGUGCUGGAACAUCAUUCCAAUGUUCCACCGCAGCCGUUAGCACAAAGCAAAUGCCUACGCCAACUCCGCCCUGUAACCGUACGCGCGAGCGGUGAGCGCAAGACCCGAAGCGAGAUGCUGGCGCCGGACGAGCGCGCGCUGCAGCGCCGGGCAGCAUGCGAGGCCGCCAACGCCUCCGCGUGGUUGCACCGCCUGGCGGCAGAGGGCGGGCGCUGCCCGCUGCUGUGGGACGGGCUGCUGUGCUGGCCCCCCACGCGCGCCGGCGCCCUCGCCGUGCAGCCCUGCAUCGACGAGCUCUACGGUAUCCGAUACGACGUCAGCCAAAAUGCUACACGGCAGUGCUUCUUAAAUGGCACUUGGAACAAUCAGACGAAUUACGAAGCGUGCAAAGAAGUGUGGCCCGACUCUGGCGAGAGCCUCAGCUUCCCAUCCGGAAUAAAACCUGGUGAAAUAUCUGAAAACGUUUCUCGUGUGUGUUUUAUCAAUGGCACUUGGAGUAAUAGUACCAAUUCCGAGUGUCCAGAACUGGUUCGAGACUUUGUCGAGGGUAUAAUCUUCCACUCUGGCUUCUGCUUAUCAGUAGCUGCCCUUGUCAUCUCUGUCUUCAUCUUUCACUAUUUUAAAGAGUUGAAGUGUCUUCGCAACACGAUUCACACUAAUUUGAUGUGGACAUUCAUUUUCUUUGAAAUUAUUUGGAUCGUCAUGUACUUUGAUCUGGAAGUUACUAGUAAUUACGUUGUAUGUGCCUUCGUCGCGUCACUAUUCCAUUACUUUUAUCUUACAAACUUUUUGUGGAUGUUUGUGGAGGGAUUCUACCUAUUUUUACUAGUGGUAGUCACAUUUACUACCGAGAAAUUAAAACUUCGAGUAUACGUACUCAUAGGCUGGGGAAUACCAGUUUUUAUCGUGAUUUUGUGGGCGCUUGUAAAGUACUUUUGUGAAGCUGAAGUUUUUAGUGAACACCUAAACGAUGAACAACAACUUGCGAGACAUUGUCCAUGGAUAGGACCCAGUGAUUACGACUGGAUUAUUCACGCACCGAUUAUAAUAGUGCUCAUAACGAACCUCAUGUUUUUGAUAUUUAUCAUGUCGAUCUUGAUCACCAAAUUGCGUUCUGCGUAUUUCGCGGAGAUGCAGCAAUAUUUGAAAGCGGCGAAGGCGCUGUUAGUGCUGUUUCCUCUCCUGGGUGGCUCCUACAUCCUCACAAUUCAGUUCCUGUCCAAUGGGGCGGCUGGUGUUAUCUUCCGCUACACCCGUGCUGUGCUCAUAUCCCUUCAGGGGCUGGCGGUGGCGCUGUUCUACUGCUUCCUCAACGCCGAGGUGCAGAGCGCGGUGGCGCGGCGCGUGCGACGCUGGCGGGAGGCGCGCCGCGUGGCGGGCGACCGCCGUCUGCACAAGAAGCGGGGCUCCUGCUCCGCCUCCAGCCACAGCCGGGAGUCCGUGCUCAUGAUCCGGUCCGGGCUCAUGUACGGCACGCACGACAACAAAAAUGGCAUGUAA